AUGUUGGCUGUUACCGCAGGUGAGAACCCCCGUCCAGAUUUUGAAGAGUCUUUACGUGUUGUCAAAAUAGAUGACACCCACUAUGUUGGUGCACACUGCUUGAGAAAACCGGUUUCUAUGGCCAGAGGCAUCUAUGGAGGACAUAUGAUUGCGCAGUCUUUGUUGGUAGCUAUUGAGUCGACGAAAUCUGAAGUGACUGGCGAAGUGAUGAUUCCAGAUUCUUAUCAUUCGUUCUUUAUCAAUGCAGGUAAUAACAAGACGCCAAUGGAGUAUGAAGUGUUGAAGCUUUAUGACGAUGAAAACAUGUGCAAAAGAUCUAUUGUUGUGACCCAGCAUGGAAAGAAUAGACUAACCUGUCUUGUGUUGUUGAGGAAACAAGGCACUAAACCAUUACACAACAUCGAAGAUAGUAUUCCUCCACCAGAGAUUCAAGUCAAACAUCCUGAUCCUGAUAAGUUACAUCAAGUUCAGCAUACUGAUUUUUGCAGGAAUGCAUUUGACGAUGAUUUUGUUGACUACAGGAGAACACCCGAGGAGAAUAAGUUACAUUUUUCAGAACGUUGGAUAUCUCUCUUUACCGGGUUGAAGAAUAUCCCCGAACCAGGCACAAAACCUGAAAAAGUGAAGGAUGCUCUACCAGAUGCAUUGGAUAAUGUGCACACUUUUGAGCUUGAUAUACUUCGACCCAAAAACUCGCAAUCGGUGAAGAAUCCUAUAUUCAACUACGUUGGUCUUGGUGAGAUUUCAGAUAGCAGCUUCAUUACCACUAUGGCCCGCGUUUUGCACAUUCCUUGGGCUCCAUCUCUUGAAACGGGCCAAGAGUACGAUCCCGAUCGUGAUGCAACAUACUUGAUGAGAUCGUCUUUGAAUGCGCUCCACGUUUUACAUUACAAUGCAAUGUCUUUGGACCACCAUAUUUAUUUCCACAACACUGAAUACGAACCUACAGAUGGCACGGCGUUUGACGUUGGUAAGGAUUGGUUGGCAUUUACUUAUCAAAUGAAGAGGUAUAGCAAUAGUAGGGUCCUUGCUCGUGGCUACAUGUUUAACGAAAACAGGAAAUGCAUUGCUACAGUUGUUCAAGAAGGUUUGGCGAUUUUGAUGGACGGUGUUGCAACUACCGCGGAUAAAUCACGUUUGUAG